AGAAUAUGAAAUUAGAAAAUGCCAAGCCAAGUGGGUCUAUAAAAGCAGAUAGCAUAUGGCACCAGAAGAUACACCUUCAAGGAUUUACAGAAGUUCAGAUACAAUAGUAAGUGUUGUAAUUUUCAGCUUUAAGAUGGCUACCACCAACGCUGGCACCACAUUGCUUUUGCCAUCUCCGGCAUCUACUCCGGCGAAGAGAACUACAAGGAUGAUGCUUGGAAGAAAAGCCGAUUCUUUGGGCACUCAUGGAAUGAAGUUGUCGUCGUCGUCGUCGUCUUCUUCUUCUGCUGCUGCAGCUAGAGCGACUUCCACAAAAGAUGGGGUUGGGACAAUCUUGAAGAUGGAAGCUGACAAGCUUUGGAAGCUACUUGACAGAAAGGAGAGAGAAGAGCCCAUGGUUAUGGUUGCUGACCCAUUUGCUCUUGGAGAGGUUGGGAAGGACAGGCGUAUUUUCUGUGAGAAUUUCACUAUUAGAUCUUAUGAUAUGGGCCCUAAUCGCACAGCAACCAUAGAGACGUUAAUGAAUCUUUUACAGGAAACAGCUCUAAAUCAUAUUAGAAGUAUGGGGAUUCUAAAAGAUGGCUUGGGUUCAACACCAGCGAUGAGUGGAAGGAGCCUGAUAUGGGUGCUCUCUAAGAUGCAUAUUGUUGUGGAUCACUAUCCUUCUUGGGGUGACGAUGUAGAAGUUAAUAAUUGGUUUAUUGCAUCCGAAAAGAAUGGCCAGCGAACUGAUUGGAUGAUUCGUGAUCGGAAAACCGGCAGAAGCCUCGCGCGAGCUACCAGUACAUUCCUAACGAUGAAUAAAGAAACAAGAAAACUAUCUAAAAUUCCAGAGGAGGUCAGAAGAGAAAUGGAAACUAUUUGCAUGGAGUGUUCUCCUAUUCCUAUCCCAGAUGAUCAUGAGAAUAGUAGUGCAUCAAUAGCAAAGUUCGAUUGCAACAGAAUGGAUGGUGUUCGAACUGGUCUAACUCCUCGCUGGAAUGAUUUGGAUUCCAAUCAGCACGUUAACAAUGUGAAAUACAUUGGGUUGAUGCUUGAGAGUGUUCCCAUCUCAAUGUUGAAGAGCCAUGAGAUUUGUGAGAUGAAAAUAGAGUACAGGAGGGAGUGUAGGGUGGAUAAUGCAUUACAGUCCCAGACUUCUUCUAGUGAAGCAACUGAUGAGUAUUCGGUGGGUGCUGGCAAAGGAGGUCAUCAUGAGUGCUUCCACUUUCUGCGUUUUGAGAAUGGAGCUGUGGUUGCCAAAGGAAGGACCAAGUGGAGAGCUAAAUAAAUUAUGCAAAAAACCUAAGACAUUAAUAAUGGUAGUGGGUGUAUUGCUACCUUAUUUUUUAUUCAAGAGAUAGGAAGCCGUACGCUCAGCAUAGAGGAGCAGUUAGCCAAUGGAAUGAUCGAAAGCAAAAGAGAUCAUGCAAAGGAAAAUAAAAUUUUGCCACGUGUUGAGAAUAAGGCUAUCUCUUUUGUGACAAGUGUUCUUCAAAGUUCGAAUCUAACAAUACUUAAAGUGGAGUUCAAAGGUAACACAAAGGGAUCCAACACUGAA